AUGUUCACCUUCUGUCCGCUUCAAGGCGCGCUGUCCGAGUCUACGGCGUCCCAGUCCCUCUUGGAGCUCGAUGGUGGAGUCAAGCUCUUGGUUGAUCUUGGGUGGGAUGAGACCUUUAACGUCGAGAAGCUGGAAGAGCUGGAGAAACAAGUACCUACUCUUUCAUUGAUUCUCCUCACCCAUGCGACAGCUUCUCACCUCGCCGCAUAUGUUCACUGCUGCAAGAACUUUCCGUUAUUUUCUCGCAUUCCCGCCUAUGCGACACGACCUGUCAUCGACCUCGGCCGAUCGCUAACGCAAGACCUAUAUUCCUCGACUCCUGCUGCCUGUACGACCAUUCGCCAGAGCUCUCUGUCUGAGAUUGCCUAUGCAUACACACAAACAGCUGCCACCGCGCAAAAUUUGCUGCUUCAGUCCCCAACUCCCGAGGAGAUUGCGCGAUACUUUUCCCUGAUUCAACCUCUUAAAUACUCACAGCCUCAUCAACCCCUACCGUCGCCAUUCUCGCCUCCGUUAAAUGGACUUACGAUUACGGCAUACAACUCUGGACACACCCUAGGAGGCACAAUCUGGCAUAUACAGCAUGGCUUGGAGUCGAUUGUCUAUGCUGUGGACUGGAACCAGGCAAGAGAAAAUGUCUUUGCGGGCGCUGCUUGGCUUGGAGGUGCAGGAGGAGGCGGCGCUGAAGUCAUCGAACAACUACGUAAGCCCACGGCCCUCAUCUGCAGCAGUCGUGGCGCUCAAAAGUCAGCGCAAACCGGCGGUCGAGUCAAACGAGACGAACAGCUAGUGGAGAUGAUCAAGACCUGUGUUACCAAGGGAGGUACCGUGCUCAUUCCUGUCGAUUCUAGUGCCAGAGUAUUGGAAUUAUCCUACCUGCUCGAACAUGCAUGGAGGUCAGACGCCACUUCUGAUAAUGGCUCUUUAAAAUCCACUAAACUAUACCUUGCGGGUCGGAAUAUGUCAAGUACUAUGCGCUACGCCAGAAGUAUGCUGGAGUGGAUGGACGACGGCAUAGUUCAGGAAUUUGAAGCUUUUGCUGAAGGUCAACGGAAAGCCAAUGGCACCAGCGACAAGAAAGAGGGCGGCCCAUUUGACUUCAAGUAUCUUCGACUUCUGGAAAGAAGGGCGCAAAUUUCAAAGCUUUUGAGCCAGAUUGCUUCUUCGGAAGGUGAAUCAACCGAGGGCCGAGUGAUCCUUGCCAGUGAUACGAGCAUGGAAUGGGGUUUCUCAAAGGAUGUCUUGAAGGGACUGGCGAGGAACCCAAAUAAUCUUGUAAUUUUGACAGACCGGCCAACCGUUGCCAAGGAUGACAAGCCCUCGAUAGCGAGAACUUUGUGGGAAUGGUGGAAGGAGAGAAAGGACGGGGUAUCGGUUGAGCAGGGCAGCGGCGGAGAAAACAUCGAAACAAUACAGGCUGGCGGUCGAGAGCUGGAGAUUCGCGAAGCCUCCCGACAAGCACUCGAGGGUGACGAGCUUGCUGUUUAUCAGCAAUGGCUAGCCACUCAAAGACAGCUCCAAGCAACCCAGCAGACUGGCGCUGCAGGGUCCCUUGAAGGGCCAGCUGACGUGGUGGACGACGCCUCUUCAGAAUCAUCAUCAGAUUCAGAAGACGAGGAUGGGCAGCAACAGGGCAAAGCUCUUACGGUUUCAGCUACCAUGGGCCAAGCUGGUAGAAAGAACGUCAUCCUCAAGGAUGAGGACCUUGGUAUCAAUAUUCUAAUAAAGCGCAAAGGCGUCUACGAUUUCGACUCUCGCGGCAAGAAGGGCAGAGAGCGAUGCUUCCCGGUUGCUAUUCGACGAAAGAGAAACGAUGACUUUGGCGAGUUGAUUCGACCAGAAGACUACCUCCGAGCAGAGGAGAAGGAUGAAGACAAUGCGGAUGGCGGCAAUAUGGCCAUGGACGACGACAAACUGGGCAAAAAGAGGAAAUGGGAUGAUGUAGCGAAAGGCUCAGCCGGUGCAAACAAGCGAUCCCAACCAGGCAAAGGCCCAGUUGAGGACGUUGACGAUGAUGGCACCAACGCAGAUGGUUUCGUAGCCGACGAUCUUGACGACGUGGAAGAUACGGAGCCUGAAGAACCCACUGGCCCAUCCAAGCUAAUAUACACGACCGAGACCAUCCAAGCCAGCCUGCGAAUCGGAUUCAUUGACUUUAGCGGACUCCACGACCGCCGAAGUCUAGACAUGCUGAUACCCCUAAUCCAACCUCGGAAGCUUAUUCUCAUCGGCGGCAACGAAGAAGAAACCCUGGCACUAGCAGAAGACUGUCGCGCGGCACUCGGCAUGGACGGCGACAAGACCAUCGACGUUUUCACCCCCUCAGUCGGCGUAUGGGUCGAUGCAAGCGUCGACACCAACGCCUGGGUCGUCAAGCUCGCAGACCCCCUCGUCAAGAAAAUCAAGUGGCAGAAUGUGCGUGGCCUCUCCGUCGUCACCAUCAGCGGACAACUCCUCGCAACCAGCACUGCCGCCGACGCCGCAGAAACAAACGACGAAGAUUCCGCCAACAAGCGCCAAAAGACGGAACCUUCCAACGCAGUGGCACUCACAUCCACCGCCCUCACAAACUCGUCCAGCGUACUACCUGUCCUGGACGUCAUUCCGUCUAAUCUCGUGUCGGCUGCUAGAACGGCCGCGCAACCGCUCCACGUUGGAGACUUACGACUCGCCGAUCUUCGACGGGCGAUGCAAGGAUCCGGCCAUGGUGCUGAGUUCAGAGGCGAGGGUAUUCUUGUCAUUGACGGGUCGGUGUCUGUACGGAAGACGGCGGAGGGGAGGAUCGAGGUGGAGAGUGUGGGAUUGCCGGUCGUGGGGAGGAGGAAUACGCUUUAUGAGGUGAAGAGGGCUAUUUAUGAUAAUUUGGCUGUGGUGGCGGGGGCAUAA